AUGCCCUACAACCUGCCCUCUUUGGGGCCGGGAGACCCAUCAAGACCUCCAGCUCACGUGUUCCCUGCACUCGAGCAGCCACCGCCGCUGCGUGAUCCGCACUGGCCUCCUCAAGAGCGAGCUGGCCCCGCCACGACCGCCACCGCGCUAACCACUGCCAACCGCCACCUAGUUGCCCAGAGAGAGCUGAGAGGCGGGAUGAGCAAGGCAGGCAAGGCCACCACCGAAGGCACCACGCUCCUGCAGACCGUGGAUGAUGUGCCCGCCACUCCCCUCGUGGGGAGCCCCAGUGGAGACGCAGCCCCCGGACCUGCCCCGGCCUCUUCAGCUCCCAUGGGCAGCGAGGACUCAGAGAAGAAAGUUCUCGCCACCAAAGUCCUUGGCACUGUCAAAUGGUUCAACGCCAGAAAUGGAUAUAGAUUUAUAAACCAAAAUGACACCAACGAAGAUGUGUUUGUACACCAGCCUGCCAUCAAGAAGAAUAAUCCACGCAAGUAUCUGUGCAGCGUGGGGGAGGAAGAAAUUGUAGAGUUUGAUGUGGUUGCAGGAAAAGGGGGUCCUAAGGCAACAAAUGUGACUGGCCUAGAUGGAGUUCCAGUAGAAGAGAGCCGCUAUGCUGCUGAUUGUCACCGAUAUGGCAGGCGCCGUGGACCUCACCAUAAUGCUGGUGAGAUUAGACAGAUGAAAGAUGGAGUCCCUGAGGGAACACAACUCCUGGUCCAUCGGAAUCCAACCUACCACCCGAGGUUCCGCAGGGGACCCGCUCACCCACAUAGGAGCCCAUAUCGUUCCCUACAGGUG